CCCACAUUCUGGUCACGUGACUGUGACAUCACGACCUCCUGAAAGCCGCUCCAGUCUGGCACCCAGUUAGAGUUUACAUGUGUCGCUUGUUCCCCUCUCUUGCUAAGCUCUCUCAGCGUGACUGUACAUUGCAGGCUGGAGCAUCCACUGUGUGGAGCGGAGCCAGCUUGGGAGGUACCAUCUACAUAGCGGGGAGCGGCUGGAGAAGGACUGGGGGCCAGGCACGGCGCGCUGUGGAGAGACAGAGCAAUGCAGCAAGUUUUGGACAACCUGACAGACCUGCCAACUUCAACUGGUGCUGAAGAAAUUGAUAUUAUUUUCCUUAAAGGAUUAAUGGAAGACCCAAUUGCACAUGAACGCCUCGAAGAUACAAAGCUCGAAGCUGUCAGUGAAAACAACGUUGAGCUAUUAAAUGACAUUAUUAAGGAUAUUAGUCCUUUAGAACAUGAAGAUACAAAUGUGCAAGAAUUAAUUGGCAUACUUAAGGAACCACACUUUCAGUCUCUUUUAGAGGCCCAUGAUGUCGUAGCAUCAAAAUGCUAUGACUCUCCCCCAUCUAGUCCAGAAGUUAAUUCUUUGGGAAACCAUCAGAUUGCACCGGUGGAUGCCAUUCGUAUGGUUGGAAUUCACAAAAGAGCAGGAGAACCAUUGGGUGUAACAUUUAAGGUUGAAAAUAAUAACUUGGUUAUAGCUCGAAUUCUCCACGGUGGAAUGAUCGACCGGCAGGGUCUUCUUCAUGUGGGCGAUAUCAUUAAGGAAAUCAAUGGCCAUGAAGUUGGAAACAACCCCAAAGAAUUACAGGAACUGCUAAAGAGUAUAAGUGGCAGCGUUACUCUCAAAAUACUCCCGAGCUACAAAGAUACAGUCAGCCCUCAACAGGUAUAUGUGAAGUGCCACUUUGAUUACAAUCCAUUCAGCGAUAACCUAAUCCCAUGCAAAGAAGCAGGAUUGAAAUUCUCCAAAGGAGAGAUCCUUCACAUAGUUAACAGAGAAGAUCCAAACUGGUGGCAGGCAAGCCACGUGAAGGAAGGGGGAAGUGCCGGACUUAUUCCCAGUCAGUUUUUGGAAGAAAAGAGAAAAGCAUUUGUUAGGAGAGAUUGGGAUGGAUCAGGUCAGUUUUGUGGCACUGUAACAAGCAAGAAAAAGAAAAAGAUGAUGUAUCUUACUACAAGAAAUGCUGAAUUUGACCGUCACGAGAUUCAGAUUUAUGAAGAAGUAGCUCGGAUGCCUCCAUUUCAGCGGAAAACCCUAGUUUUAAUUGGUGCCCAAGGAGUAGGUCGGAGAAGCUUAAAGAACAGACUGAUUGUACUGAAUCCUACACAGUUUGGAACAACUGUGCCAUUCACUUCACGAAAGCCAAGAGAAGAAGAAAAGGACGGUCACGCAUACCGAUUUGUAUCAAGAACAGAAAUGGAAGCUGAUAUAAAGGCUGGAAGAUAUUUGGAACAUGGAGAAUAUGAGGGAAAUCUCUACGGGACCAAGAUAGACUCCAUACAUGAAGUGGUUAUGGCUGGGCGAACUUGUAUAUUGGAUGUUAACCCGCAGGCUUUAAAAGUGCUAAGAACAGCGGAAUUUAUGCCCUAUGUGGUUUUCAUUGCUGCGCCAGAGUUUGAGACACUUCGAGCCAUGCACAAAGCUGUAGUCGAUGCUGGAAUCACAACAAAGCUUUUAACAGAUUCCGAUUUGAAAAAAACAGUCGACGAAAGCGCUCGGAUCACGAGAGCCUAUAACCACUACUUUGAUGUGACAAUAGUGAACGAUAAUUUAGACAAAGCCUUUGAGAAACUGCAGGCUGCUGUGCACAGACUGAGGACAGAACAGCAAUGGGUUCCAAUCAGCUGGGUCUAUUGAUGGGAGCAGUUGGGCGCUACUGUGGGGAAGCGAGAAUAUACAGAGCAAGGCCAAACAGAGGGCACACAGACCUGCGGCACUCGUGGCUUUUUUCCUGAGAGGAUUUCAAGGAUCAUACACUGUUGGGAAUUUUUAUAUAACAUUUUGAAGGGAAGGUGUGCUUAAAUAUGUAAUUUAUUUUAAUUUUUAUAACUUUUACAGAUAAUCUUUCUAUUCAUUUUACAUGAAGGAAAUGCGUUCAAGCAUUUUAUGUGAACUCUGUGUACAUUUGCCUUUUUCCUUCAAGAAAAUUUGUCAUUUACAUAGCCGUUCGGUCUUACAUUUUCACUGUGAUAUAAAGGAUACUUGAAAUUUU